CACAUGAUCCGCCUGCUUCGGCCUCCCAAAGUGCUGUGAUUACAGGCGUGAGCCACCACCCUGGGCUGACCAUAUUCUUAAAAGUUCCCUCUGCCAAAACUGCUUCCUAUGUGACUAAGGAUAAUUUUGGCAAAUCUUGAAUUGAGAAAGAAUGCUCUAGAAAGUUCUUAUCAACCAUAUACUAAUAAGGCAUAGUCACUGAAUAAAUUCUGCAACUGUUUCGUUAUCUGCCAUGCAUAUUACAGCUUAGUUAGAAUAUACUUUUAUCUGUGUAUAAUAAAUUUGUUAUUCUUAGAGCAAAAUGUGACCAAAAGCAGUUUUUGGUGUCCUGUAACGUGUCACAGUUUUGUGUGCCAAUAGCUGCUUUACCAUAAAAACAAAUUAAUUUUAAACAACUGGAAUCAAACGUGUUAACCUCAGUAUAAGCCAUAUGGUACAUAGAAACCAAGUUUUGAAAACCUACUUUUAAAGGGGGCCAAUUGGUCAUCCUUCAGGUCCUAAGGGAGGGCAUGCCACAGGCUCCAGGCCACAGAGGCAAAGACAUGGACCCUGUUCCACCUGCCCCUGCAAGUCUCAAGUGCCACCAGACCCCUUCUCAUGGACUUGAGAGGGUGGGAUGGUACAGAGAGAGCCAGAAGCACAGAAAGGUAGGUUAUAAUGCCAAGAGCAAAAGAGCUGUUUAUCUUGAGAGAGAAUGUGUAGUCAUUUUAUGUAAUUUAUGGGGUAUUGGAAGGGAAAUACAGAUAGGUCAGAUACUCCAUGAAGAGAAAUGUCAGUGAACAAAAAUGGAAAGUCCAUAGUCUCUGGGACUGCUGGUUCGAUGAGCACAAGGUUGAUUUUGAACUUUCUUCUUUUGAUAGUUUCAAGCAGCUUACGCUGGGCAGUCUUGCAAAUUAAGUAUUAGAUUUCUUCUCUAUGGUCUUUGAGAAGAAAAAGACCUCACAGUUGACACCUCAACGGGGCUUUAUUGAAAAUGAUGAUGACGACGAUGAUGAUGAUGAUUCAUCUGAAACUGAUUCUGAUUCUGAUGAUGAUGAUGAAGAGCAUGGAGCCCCUCUGGAAGGGGCCUAUGACCCUGCAGAUUAUGAGCAUUUGCCAGUUUCUGCUGAAAUUAAGGAACUCUUCCAGUACAUCAGUAGGUACACACCUCAGUUGAUUGACCUGGACCACAAACUGAAGCCUUUCAUUCCUGAUUUUAUCCCAGCUGUCGGGGAUAUUGAUGCAUUCUUAAAGGUCCCACGUCCUGAUGGAAAGCCCGACAACCUUGGCCUAUUGGUAUUGGAUGAACCUUCUACAAAGCAGUCAGACCCUACGGUGCUCUCCCUCUGGUUAACAGAGAAUUCUAAGCAGCACAACAUCACACAACAUAUGAAAGUAAAAAGCCUGGAAGAUGCAGAAAAGAAUCCCAAAGCCAUUGAUACGUGGAUUGAGAGCAUCUCUGAAUUACACCGUUCUAAGCCCCCUGCGACUGUGCACUACACCAGGCCCAUGCCCGACAUUGACACGCUGAUGCAGGAAUGGUCCCCAGAGUUUGAAGAGCUUUUGGGCAAGGUAAGCCUGCCCACAGCAGAGAUUGAUUGCAGCCUGGCAGAGUACAUUGACUUGAUCUGUGCCAUUCUAGACAUCCCUGUCUACAAGAGUCGGAUCCAGUCCCUCCAUCUGCUCUUUUCCCUCUACUCAGAAUUCAAGAACUCACAGCAUUUUAAAGCUCUCGCUGAAGGCAAGAAAGCAUUCACUCCUUCAUCCAACUCUACCUCCCAAGCUGGAGACGUGGAGACAUUAACCUUCAGCUGAGACACCUCCCAAGCUGCUGUUUCAAGGCUGAGCUGGCCCCUCUGCCCCAGCUGAGAUGGACAGAUCGUUAUCAGCUACUUGAUGUCCUUGCCUAUGCCACGGCUUGGCUCAGGGGCAGUGCAUGUCCUGCUGCCCUCUCUGCCAGAGGGCACAGAACAUGUUUGUUUAAUGAACCUGCCUGCCUCAGAUUGCUGUCCCUGGGGAGUUAAUGCAUCUACACCACUGUGGGGAUUUCAGUUAGAAGAAUUGGAAUUUCUGAGAUCCCAUGGAGCUUGGAGGAAAGCUUAAAAGAUGUCCUUUUUGUGAGAGGGAUGGAAUUGUUUUCUUUCAUUCGUAAAGUUAGUGGGUAAAGAUUUUAUAAGUCAAA